CCCAGUCGGAGCUCGUUUUUUUCCCCGAGUUCCCAUUUGUUUUGAACGCAGCAUUAGACCUGACCGGGCCUCACGCUGCUGAUUACGUCAUCCACCAGCGACAGAUGCUUCUGUGCGACAUUUGUUUACACGAUGGCGUCGGUGGAUUUGAGAGACAACAACCUGCUGGGGAUAUCGUGGGUUGAUAGUGGCUGGGUGCCCAUCCUCAACCCUGGCAACGUGCUGGAUUAUUUCUCCGAGAGGAGUAAUCCGUUCUACGACCGCACCUGCAACAACGAGGUGGUGAAGAUGCAGCGGCUCACUCUGGAACAUCUCAAUCAGAUGGUUGGAGUGGAGUACAUUCUCCUUCAUGCCCAGGAGCCCAUCCUCUACAUCAUCAGGAAACAGCAGAGACAGUCUCCUACUCAGGUCAUCCCUUUGUCUGACUACUACAUCAUAGCAGGGGUGGUGUAUCAGGCUCCUGAUCUGGGAACAGUUAUUGGAUCCAGAGUGCUGUCUGCUGUCCAUGGUGUCCAGUCUGCCUUCGAUGAGGCCAUGUCGUACUGUCGCUAUCACCCAUCUAAAGGAUACUGGUGGCACUUCAAAGACCAAGAGGAGAGAGAUGCCAAAGCCAAGCCAAAGUCGAAGAAGAAAGAGGAACCCGGUUCCCUGUUCCAGAGACAGCGUGUCGACACACUUCUACUCGAUUUGAGGUCCAAGUUUCCUCCAACGUUUUAUCAGCCUAAGCCUGGUGAGAAGCCCAUUCCAGUGGAAGUGAAGAAGGAGUCUGAACCCCCAGUAGAGCUGGUGAAACAGGAAGAGAGAGAGCCAGCUACCAAGACCUCUGCUCCAGCUCCCCCCAGCAGCAAACCUCCUCCGGAGAAACGGGCCAGGCUGCAGUGAUGACCGAUGGCCACUCCUGUAUAUAUUUCUGAUAAUGUCCAUUCUUCAAAAGAAAAAUAAUAAGGAGAAGAAAAAAAGAAAACACACAUUGCUCUUGCCAGUAUCACCUUUUGUUAAUUCUUGCUUAUAUGUGAGCCUCUUGGCCUUCGCCAUGAUGUCCAUUCUCACAUUGGCAAGGCACACAGAAAGGACAUAAUGGGACAGGUACAACCCUAUCUGACUGAACAAUGCUAAGGAAGUUGUUUGUGUCUGAUGGAAGGUGUGUGGAAAUGGACCUACGUCCUAGUUUCCAGACCAAACAGACCAUAACAACCCAUCAUCCUGUUUCUGAAGGGCCUUGACAGUCAAUUAUCAUGGAAAGGCAAAUGAAUAGUCACAAAUGGCACCCUAUUCCCUAUAUAGUGCACUACUUUUAACCAGGGCCCUGGCACACUAUUUUCUGUAAAGGGCACUACUUUUAACCAGAACCCUAUAGGCCCUAGUCAAAAGUAGUGCACUAUAUAGGGAAUAGGGUGCCAUUUGGGAUGCUGACAUGAGCAGACGAUAUGAGUUGUCUGUCCCAGUACCGGACCUCAUGGGACAUUCCAUCCAUGUUCUAGAACUGUCUAGUUACUGACAACAUGUACAUCUUACUAUCGCCCCAAGACUUCUCUCUGUGAUGAUGCUAGAGGUGAGAGGUUAAGGACCCAAGUGGAUUUACAAUUUGCAGUUUUUUGGGGGUAAUAUUGAAACAGUGAGAUCACCGGUAAAUCUCUAUGCACUGUUGACAUCAGCAGUAUCUUACUCCGUCGUGACUGUGGGAGACUUGUUUUUUUGGCAUUAUCUCUGAAGCAUAAAUACACAUCCACACAAUUUAUUUUUUCAAUAUGUUAUUGUUUUUUUUCCACAUCAGGUGAUCCUGAAUCCAUUGUCUGUUUUCAUUGAAAAAAAAAAAUGUUUCAUGCUUUUCUGAAUAUAAUAAUUUUCAAAAAUUCUA